UAUGAUAAAAUCAAUUCCAGUGUGGUGGCGGUAUUUCUCGACAGCUCAGGCGUUGUCUGGACAUACGCUGUGUGGGACCAAAUCAUCCAGUGCGCCAAGGCAGCAAUCCACGUUCGCGAGACGCAGUGCUCAAAACUGGAUCUUUUAUCAAGUAACAAACACAUGCAGGAGCACGAGAGAUGGUGUGUUGUAAUGUGCCGCUCAGCAGAAACCGGGGAGGAGAAGGAGUUGCGGAAGAUGAGCGAUGGUACGCCAUGUUUCAUCGAGGGAUAUAAUACAUCAGUUUGCAUGAAUGGCACUUGUCAGGUACAUAUCAUCGAAUUCAGUUUCAAUUGUUGCUCCACAUAUUUAGUAUGGCCAAAUUUUGUCUCAAAAUAAUU